CUGAAAAUGAAAACUGAAAUGGAGAGUUUGUCGUCAGAUGUGGAGGGGCACGUGAUUCUGCUGAAGAAUCUGACAGAAGUCACUGUGUUUAUCCUGAUGGGCUUCACAGACGAUUUUGAACUGCGAGUCUUCUUAUUUGUAUUGUUCCUUGCCAUCUAUCUUUUCACUCUGGUAGGAAACUUGGGACUGGUUAUGUUGGUUAUUUCUGAUUCCCGGCUCCAUAACCCCAUGUAUUAUUUCUUGAGUGUUUUGUCAUUUCUGGAUGCCUGCUAUUCUACAGUCGUUACCCCCCAAAUGUUGGUUAAUUUCCUGGCAGAAAAUAAAAACAUUUCGUAUGCUGCCUGUGCAGCACAGAUGGUUCUCUUUGUUAGUUUUGGGAGCACAGAAUCCUUCCUCUUGGCGGCAAUGGCUUAUGACCGAUAUGUAGCCAUCCACAACCCACUCCUCUACUCAGUGAGCAUGUCACCCAGAGUCUUCGUGCCUCUCAUCAUCGCUUCCUAUACUGGGGGAAUUCUGCACGCCACUAUCCACACGGUGGCCACAUUCAGCCUGUCCUUCUGUGGAUCCAAUGAAAUCAGACAUGUCUUCUGUGACAUUCCUCCUCUGCUGGCAAUUUCUUGUUCUGACACGCACACAAACCAGCUUUUACUUUUCUACUUUGUGGGCUCUAUUGAGAUAGUCACCAUCCUGAUCGUCCUGGUGUCCUAUGGCUUCAUCCUGUUGGCCAUUAUGAAAAUGCGCUCUGCUGAAGGGAGGAGGAAAGUCUUCUCUACCUGUGGCUCUCACCUCACUGGAGUGUCCAUUUAUCACGGGACGAUCCUUUUCAUGUAUGUGAGACCAAGUUCAAGCUAUGCCUUGGAGCACGACAUGGUUGUGUCCAUAUUUUACACCAUUGUGAUUCCCAUGCUGAAUCCCAUCAUCUACAGUCUGAGGAACAAAGAUGUAAAAGACGCAAUAAGAAGACUAUUGAAGAGAUGCUGCUUUCUAAAUAAAGUAUAUAUUUAG